UCUCACCAAUGCGGCAUAAUUUUCCUCCGUUGAUGUGGGCCUGAAGAAACAUCUUUUGCGAGAGAGUUCACAUUCGGGGGUUAAGAAUCCUCCGAUAUGCAUCGAGCGGCUUUCUUUUGUUGCCGAGUAAAGGAGUCACUGAAAGAGUUUACACUCUGAUCAUCGUAUGGUCGGUCGAAUCCUCCAAUACCCAUACGAUAGCUUUGUUGCCGAUAAAGAAGGGAAUCCUAUGAAGGUGAUUACACUCUAACCAUCGUGUGACGUUUCCAGUCCUCAAAUACCCAUACAACAGCCUCCUUGUUGCCGAGCAAAGGAACUCUUUAUAGAGUUUACACUCACACAGUUGUAUGACGUUUCGAGUCCUCUCACUUGUACAGAAAAUCAAGUCAUUUCACUAGAAAUAGAUGAAACGAAUGAAGGCAAAUGAAUGAUUAAAACGAAAUGCUCGAGGCUGAAACGAAUAUUCACGCCCACCCACUGCCUACAUAAGAUGCGAGUCCAGAACCUGAUGAUGGUGAAUCAGCAAGAUCCAACUUCAUUCACCGACGUUCUAGAUAGAUCUGUUCUUAGUCAGCACGAUCUCAUUGGCCAUCACGAGCCAGCCAACGUCAAAGUAGUCACGUGCUCACCACCACGCUAGCCUUUCUUGUUACCUUAGCUGGGAAUAAUUGAAGGCGUCGAAGAACCAACUUCCACAAACUUCCUUUGCUUCCAACCCACAACCGGCGCAGCUAUACAACCGAUUGUCACCAUAGCACGCUCAAGGACCCAGAGAGACGACCCAUUCACCCGCGAUCGACUCCGACUCCGUUUCUCUCGAGACUCGACGCGCGCGCCCAACUUCACCACCCUCCGCGCCACCCUACCACCGCCGUCACCAUGUCUGUCGCCAUCCUCAACGAGUCCAUCACAGCCGCUCUCAAUGACGCGAUACAACCCAAGCUGGCCGAGAUAGGCUGGAGCACAGGCGGAACCGACGACUCGGCGCUGGCGGAAUACAUCAUCCUCAUGCUAGCAAAUGGAAAGACACAAGACCAGAUUGCGGCUGAGUUAUCGGGGGACCUGUUGAACCUUGGCCCGGACGACCCGGGAGCGAAGGAGUUUGCGCACUGGCUGUUUGAGCAGGUGGCGCAUCUUACCCAGCAGCAGAGCGGCGGUGCUGUUCACCAAAAUGGCGCCCCUCAAGCUGAGGCGGCGGAAGGUGGCAAUGACGAAGUGAUGGGAGAUGCAUCCGAAGCAGGAGAUCCAAAUGUACCAACAGGCCCCAAAUCGAUGCGCACCGGCGGCGCCGGCAUGAACCGCGGAAGAGAUAGGCGCAUGCUAGGCCAACUGCAAAAGAACCUCGACGGCAAAGACUCCGUGCUCCACCGCGUCCGCGCCCACGGCGGAAACGAGCGCAUCGGCGGCCGCGGCGCCCCCACCGGGCCGCGGGGGAACAUGCAGCAGCGAGGCGGCCGAUUCGGCGCCAUGGGAGGAGGCAUGCAGGGUGGACCGGCGGGGGGGAACAUGAUCACCCCCGCGCAGCAGAUGGAGAUGUUCCGCAUGAUGCAGCAGAUGUUCACACCCGAACAGCACGCCUCCAUGAUGGCAGGGAAUGGUGGCCAGAUGCCUAUGGGCGGCAUGCCAUCGUACCAGCAGCAGCAACAAGGCCGUAAUACCGGACGCUCACUAUUCGACCGCGUGCAGCCUGGACGAGGGCAAAGGCAGCAACAAUUCAAUAACCGCCCUCCAUUCCAGCAACACCCACAACAACAACACCAGCAACACCAACAACAACAGCAAGCCUCCCCCAUCUCCCCAAUGGACAUGGUCCUCACCCCCGCCCACGAACCCGCCUCCCCCGACACAACCUGCAAAUUCAACCUCUCCUGCACCAACAGCUCUUGCAAAUUCGCGCAUCAAUCCCCCGCUGCUCCCCCGGGGACCGCCAUCGACAUAACCGACACCUGCGCUUUUGGAGCCGCCUGCAAGAACCGCAAGUGCACUGCUCGCCACCCCUCGCCCGCGCAGAAGGUCGCACAUAACGCGGAGCAGGACUGCAAGUUCUUCCCCAACUGCACGAACGCGCGCUGUCCCUUCAGACAUCCGACGGCGCCGUUGUGUAGGAAUGGUGCGGAUUGCAAGGAUGAGGGGUGCACGUUUACGCAUGUGAAGACGAUGUGUAAGUUUAAUCCGUGCUUGAAUCCGCAGUGUGCGUUUAGGCAUGAGGAGGGGCAGAGACGGGGGAAGUUUGAGGAUAAGGUGUGGGUUGCGGGGGAGGAGGGGAAACAUGUUAGUGAGAGGAAGUUUGUGGAUGAGAGUGGGCAGGUGGAGGAGCUGAUUGUGCCGGGGAAUACGGGGGGGGAUGGGGAGUUGGCUGCUUAG